AUAUUUUGAAAAACGUGGAGAACUUGAUAUUUAGCCAUUGUUAAAGGGACGGGAGUGAUAAUUCCUCUAAAAGAAAAGGAAAGGCUUUGAUUCCUGGUCUUAAAAAUCCUGGAUUGUGGAGAGUGGGAAGUGUUCUUCGUUUCUUACGCACUGAAUCAGAGAUUUGGGAUCGCGAAGCAUUUCAGUAUGUCUGCUUCUGCGGCGACGAACGAUCUUCAGACAUCGGGAAUGCUGUCGAGGGAACAGUUGCUUUAUCUCUUUAAUCGCUUCUCCGUCCUCACUUCCCUAUCGGACGUGAAGAAACGGAUAGCUGAUGCUGUGAGGAAGGAUAAACAGGAAGCUGUUGCUGUGACCACUGCAAUCCAAGAAGAAAUACUUCUGGAAAUGGAGUUGGUAUAUCCAAGAUUUGGCAUUGCUUGCUUGGGUAAAGUGAAUAUGAUUUAUGAGAAUGACCAAGACUUGAUGAUCCGGUUUUAUGGAUUUGUUGCAAAAGAAGAGAUGGCUUGUGAUGAAGCUGAGCUCGAGCCUGAUGAAUUUGCAGAAAAGAUGCGCUUUCAACACAAGCUGCAAGAAGAACAACUAGAGAUGCUAAAGCACAUGCGCAAAUUUCACAAGGAGGACCAAUCUGCUAUCCUUGAGAUGUUACGCCAGCAGAUGGAGAAUGCGAAUUUUGAGAACAGUACAGCAAUUUUGAAUCCUGAGCUUAUUCAAGAGAUCAUUAGGAAAAAGAUAUCACCAUCCAUAAAGACAAGUUAGCUCAGGCAUUCCAUAUUUCCAUGGGGACAAUCGUGCAAUUUUUCCUGCUCUGCUUUGUAGAACAAUUCUGGUAGAAAGACCAUCCUGACAGAAAAAGAUGGUGGCGCACCCUUCAUAUUAGGUCAAUCCAUUCAUUGGGUGUGAUUGUUGUAUCAUAUGGUCUAGCUGAAAUUUGUAGUAUAAGAUUCACUUUUGCUGCUGUAGAACGAAAUUUGUAGUAUAAGAUUCACUUGUUCUAGAGA